AUGAACGCUCAAGAAUGAAUGAAAAAGAUUCAUAUAUCUGCUUCAAAUCUGUCAGCAUGAAUUCUGAUUGGAAGUAAAUGUGAUUUAGCGUUUAAAAGAGAAGUCUUGUUUACUGAAGGAGAAGCUUUAGCUCGUAUGAUAGGAAUUCCAUUUAUUGAAAUUUCUUCACUUGAAAAUAAAAAUAUUGAUGUUGCUAUUUCUGCUAUUAUUUCGAGUAUAAUAACUAAAAUUAAUAUGUAUUAUUAA